AUGACGCGAGGACAACGCUGGCUAAACACCAGGACUCUCUACGCGGCGAACGGAUCCAUUAUCCCGACUUACGGGGAUCAGGCAUUACCCAUCCCGGACAUCACAGCAGAGACAGUCGGAAAGCAACUCUUCACAAAUUGGAUCGCCCGUUACGGCACCCCUUCACGAAUUACCACGGAUCAGGGACGGCAGUUCGAGUCCGACCUGUUCAAACGGUUAACACAAUUAACGGGAUCCACACACCUACGCACCACAGCCUAUCACCCGGCAGCAAACGGAAUGAUAGAAAGAUUUCACCGACAACUUAAGGCAGCAAUUAAAAGCCACGAGACAGAAAAUUGGGUGGAAGUACUACCAGUAAUUUUACUGGACGUGAGAAAUGCGUGGAAAGAGGACCUACAAGCUACUCCCGCAGAAAUGGUUUACGGGGAAACAAUUAGAUUACCCGGACAAUUCCUCGGGGAAACCGAGAAAGAAGUUAAUACGGCAGAAGGCUUUGCAUCACGUUUGAAGAACAUAAUGAAGAACCUACAACCGAAAUUUAAAACGCAUGGCAAGAAGAACACAUUUGUGUACAAAGACAUGGCAACAACGAAACAGGUUUUUCUGCGGCAUGACGCACCAUGUGGCGCAUUACGUCUCCCGUACGAUGGGCCAUACGAA